AUGGAUGCGAACAAAGUCAUUACAGAAUUUAUAUACUUUCAUCUCCCUGAGGAGGUGAAGCCCGAAAGUAUCCAAGACCCGAAGGGGCAGCGAAUCUUGAACCUAUUCAACGAAGCGAAGCUUCAAGAUGGAUACAACUGGUCGGCUUGGGGGCGUACAGAGGAGGAUAGAAACGCGCUGGUUUGGGUUAUCGCAAUCGUCAAGCUCAGAACGAUCCUUACGCCUACACUUUCCUCCGUCGGAGGUAUCAAUGCGACUCCGAUCGUGGAUCUCACAACGAUGCCGUUUGUGGCUGGCCUGUCUGUCGACGAUGAUGCCGGUGUCAGAGAGGUUCUGAGUACGAUGAGAGAAGCUGUACUGAACAAGUUACCAAAGGAGCUGGCACCGUCGUACUGGGUCAUGAGCACAUGGGAUACGCGCCCCGUGGUACCCCACCGGGAAAGCCCAACUGCUCAGAGUAUAUUGUCUGUCUUGGUAGUUGGAUGGCAGAGUACUCAGCAGCAUUAUGACGUAUGGAAGUUUCAAGAUUUUCGAUCCAAGUAUAUUGGACCUGUCAAGGCAAAGAUGCUCUCAUACCCGGAGGGACUUGUCUGUUUCACCGAGGCGUUCUUGGCACCGGCCGAACUUGCACUGAAGAUCACACGGCUUCGGAAAUGGAACUGUGGUGCUGGAAACGGAAUUGGGCUUGAAAUCGUCAAAAAGCUCUUGAACUCACCCACAGUUUCUCAUGUAGUUGCAGUCGACCUGAAGGCCGAGAAGCUGGAAUUGAUACAGGGCGACUAUCCACAGAAAUUGCACAUCGUUGUUGGAGAUGUCUCUCAAGAGAACACCAACAUCCAGGCAGUCGAGACGGCGAUUAGGCAUGGGGGUAGGCUUACAACGCUCAUCCUCAAUGCAGCCACGUUUCGGCCACUGGGAGCAUUCCCGACUCUGAGUCUGGAAAGCUGGAAGCAUGCUUUCAACAUCAAUUUCUUUUCCAUUAUACAUAUGCUACAAGUGGCUUGGCAUCAUCUUCAGGAAAGCAGCGGCAGCGUAAUCGUGACUUCAUCCCGGGCAGUCCUUAAUUAUCUAUGCCGGUGUAUUCCAUUAGAAGAUUCCAGGAUCAGCUCUAUGGCUAUCACUCCAGGCGCAGUUGAUACAGAAAUGCAAACGGGAUUGCGUGAAGAAGGCACUGCCUCUCCCGAGUUGCAAAAAUUCCUUGAUGCGCUCAAGGCCGAAGGAAGGUUGCUGAAACCAGAAGAGCCAGCUGCUGCCUUUGCGAAACUAGUAGAAACAGGAAUACCAAAAGACUUGAAUGGGCAGACUGUUUACUGGGAGGAUAUUUUGUAA